AGCAGCCUUGGACGCAGGACUUGGUGUUCGCUUCAGCGUUGGGGAACUUCUCCACCGUCAGCGCGCUGCAGGCGCAGCGGAGCCUCCACACCGGAGAGAGGGAGGCAGAGAGGAGCAGCUACGGCAGGAGAGAGCGGCACAAAGGAGAGAUUCAGGAAGAGGACUCCUGGAAAACGCGUCUCCAACACACUCACAACUCACUCAUUCACUCACUCACUCACUCACUCACUCACACACACACACACACACACACACACACACACACACACACACACACACACACUGAGAGGCAGGAAGAAUAAUUGGACAUGCUCUGCAAGCAGUGGCUGUGGAGAGACUGAUUCCUGCCGACGUCGUGGAAGAGGUGGAUCGGUCAGAGAUGAUUCCUCAUGAAGUCUAUGGAGCUCAUUUUGUGAGCUGGAGCUACUCCAUCUUCUCUGGUCUGAGACCUGGAGCUGUCUCCCAGUGAACACAAAGAGAGCCGGAGCCACACAGAGAGGCAGAGGGAGACAAAGGACGACCCAGAGCCACCGAAAAGCACUAACUGGGAAUAUUAAAACCCCACUGGCACAAUGAAAUCCAACCUGGAGCGAAGUAAUGGAUGUCUGCCUCCUAAGAAGCGGGAGAUGCUUGCUCUGGAGCAGAGGCCAAUGGCCGUAGCCACAGCAGCCCCUCCAGCUGCAGUGGUGACUGAUAGUCUACACACAGAGAACCUCGCAUGGCUGGCCAGUGUCGCCAGCGAACGCUGCAAAUCCAGAGACGCUGAAACCCCAAGAUGUCCCAUCUCCUCCACUUCCUCCUACUGUCCCUCCACCUCGAUCCCUUCCUCGACCACCCCUCUGUCUGCGGUGCCCAUGGCUUCUCUCCCUGCAGUUUACCCCACAGCCCUUCACCAGCAGGCCGGGACUAUCCAGUUUGCUCAGCUGGGACCCAACGUUCAGUUCAUCAGCUCUGGGCCCUACGCUGGCUACAUCUCCUCUCACAUCAUCUCCGCCAAUGCCGGCUCUGCACUUAACAGCUCUAGCAUGGCACCGCGGCCCCAGCUGGACGGCUACACCACUGCCCUCAUCUCCCCCAACACCAAAGGGGAGCAGCAGUUCCACAUCGGCCUCUCCCCCACAGAACUGACUCCCGUGUCGCUCCCUAACUCUCCCCAAGUCACCAGCCAGUACAUUCAUCUGGACAGCCGAACGCCUCUGGCUGUAAGCGGGAACACCAUCGCUUCGCCCACGGCCCACCUCCAGCUCCACCCUCACACGGCCGUCCUGCCUCAAACGCUAACCCUGGCUCCCUCCCAACUUGUGGUACAGUAUGCAGAUGGUUCAGUUGGAAAGAAACCAGAGGGGCAUGCUACGGGUGUGCUGAAUGGGGAAUUUGAGGUGGUCAAACAGACUAAAACUCCCAGUCAUCAUGUGAAUCAUCAGCAUGUCCAGAGCUAUGAGACCAGACACAUCCUCCUGCCUGCAGACUACGGCCAACACCCUUCAGGACUCCAGACCUCCCUGGUGCUGUUGGCCCAACCCAACCAUGGAGCUGAACGGGAAACUGGCUUCAAUAAGUUCUCCUUUGUCCUGACUGAGAAGGGAGGCAUCUGUUUGGGGAAACCGGUGUCGAGAUCCUCCUCCUUCACCUCCCUCUCUUCCUCAGAUUUGGUUAAAUCGGUUGCUCCUCACACAGUCAUCCAGACCACUCUCGCCCACGAGGAGCUGCCAGCCAGUCUGUAUUCCACCACACAGCCGCCCAUCAUUGGCUACAUCACCAGUGCAAAUCCGCACGCUGUCAGCUACCAUGCGGCGCUGCCUCAGCACCUGGUUAUCCCCAGUGGCCAGUCCCUCCUCAUUCCAGUCAGCGGGACCAAUAACGGCACCGACAUUGAGGUGAGUCGUGCUGUCAGCGCCCUGACCGCUACGACUACCCCUCAUAUAUCCACCGCCAUGCCGCAUGCCUAUCUGGCCACAGCUCUGUCCAAGUGUGAGGCGCUUGGGCCAGAUGGAAGUCAGCCACCCCCUGCUGUCGCUCAGGCACCCGCGAUGCCAGUCCUGUCCUCAAACCCGGCUCUGGCCAUGGUGGCAGCUCCCUCGCCAACUCCUGCUCCGGUCCCCAGUCCCGCCCCUGUUUCCAUCCAAGCCUCCCACUCCAUCUCCUCUCCCUCUUCCCCUGUGGCGCUUCCUCCGUUCUUCAUGCGAGGAUCCAUCAUCCAGCUGGCCGACGGGGAGCUGAAACGCGUGGAGGACCUGAAGACGGAGGACUUCAUUCAGAGUGCUGAGAUUAGCAGUGAGCUGAAGAUUGAUUCCAGCACCGUUGAGCGGAUCGACAGUGGACAGAGUCCCAAUGCCGUGGUCAUACAGUUUUCUGUGGGAGAGCUCAAAGCCCAGGUGUGUGUGGAGGUGCUGCUGGAGUAUCCCUUCUUUGUGUUUGGCCAGGGCUGGUCCUCCUGCUGCCCGGACCGGACCACCCAGCUGUUUGAGCUCUCCUGUGCUAAGCUGUGUGUGGGUGACGUGUGCGUGUCGCUGACCCUCCGCAGCUUGAGGACCACUUCAGUACCAGACAGCCAGGCUUUGGGGACCAAGCUGAAGACCGGUCACUUCUCUGACUCUUGUCACAAUGUGGAUCCCCCCGUCGUGAAAAUGAGUCCCAGACGAAACACCGCGGGCAGAAAUAGCGGCCUCAUGAAGGCUUCCAGUGUAGACAGGCUGGAGAGGGAGCAGGUUACUGGACCAGGACCAGGACUAGAGCUACCACCGGGACUGGGACUAGUUCCAGGACCAGGGGAGGGGAUCUAUGGAGCUGGACCAAUGCUCGCAGUCUCUGGGACUGUAGAAGUGAGACAGGAAUCAGUGAAAACAGACACGCCUGCUCUUACCAAAAUACAAUGCGGUGAUCCAGAGAGACCGGCAGCCCGCAAGAGACGCUGGUCAGCUCCAGAGCGCGACCAGACUGACCGAGCGGAGGAGGAGCCUCCUCUGACUCUGCCCAAACCUUCCUUCAUCCCUCAGGAGGUUAAAAUCAGCAUAGAGGGCCACUCCAGGAUUGGGAGUGGAAGGUGCUUGAAUAAAAGAAUAGACUGUUGAGAGAACUUGGAGGAAUUUUGAUUACCUGUGGUCGGCUUUGUGUUUAUUCCCUCUCUUUCCAGACUACUGUAAUAUAAGCUGAGUUUACACAGUAUUUACACCUUUUCUUUUUCUUCACCCGAGUCUGAUAUCUGCCAUGAAGUACAGUAGAGCGCCUUCACAAGUGGUAUCAAAUAUGAGAUCAGUGCAAUCAUUGCUGAAAGCAAAAAUGAAUGCAGCGUGAAUGUUGAGCAUGAAUGGAAGUCGGACCCCCGAGAGACUUUUGAGCUGCGUGUCGCACAUCGUGAGCCGAUACUCAUUUGUCCCGUGGCAGUCGACCAUUCCUCUAAUCACACGAACAAGCACAGACCCCGAUGUCAGCGUGUACACAGUGGGGACCCAUAUUUUGAUUAUCAACCGGUUUGUUUCACUGUUCAUUUGGUUUGUCGUGAUGUUUAGGAGAGGUUGGAGUCAAAGAGAGACCGCGUUUCCAUGACGAUGCUCAAUCACUAAGGCCGGGAUCUUUGCUGCCUUGAGUUUCGGAUGAACUUUUUAUUUAAUUACAUUGUUUUCAUUGUCAUACCGUUGCAGAUGUGUGCGCUGCCACAGUUGCCUGUGUGUGUAUGUGUGUGUGUGUGUGUGUGUGUGUCUGUCCGUGUUUUCCGUGUGGCUGUCAGAUGGAGCGCAGCAUUACGGUGUGUCUAAGUGGCCGUAGCUGUGAGCUCCGUUGUCCAUACAACCUGCAAAUAUCAAGACUGAAAAGGCCUGAAUGUAAGUCUCUAAAUUAGUCUUCAAUCAGUGUUCAAUCCCGUUGCUUUUAAAAUGUGUGGGGGACAGCAGUUGCACAUGGGUGCUUUUCUCCGAUGAAGUUCCUGCAUUAAAUUGACCUCCAUAGUUUAGAAGUCUCAUAAUUAUUUUCAAAGACAGCAUGUGUCACUUAUUAAUGUGCAGCCUUAACCAUGCUGUGUGCAGCAUUUCAGAUCUGUACACAUAGGAAAUCAACAUAGUAUUUCUAUGUCAUAAUACAAAUGAGAUUUUAGCAAAUAUAUGUAUGUACUGCAAUAGAAACUCUAGUUGGCCGACUUGCCGAACUGCAUUCAUUUAUUAUUUUGCCACUUGAGGGCAACGCUGACAUAUUUUAUAUGGCAAACUUAGAAAACGACUGAGCAAUUAUACAUCAACACAGAUGAUUAUACUUUUGGAGUCUGAUAAAUAAAGUCCAGUUGACCCUCCUAUUCUCAAUCUUGGUCACCAGCUAGUUUCUAACUUUGUCCUGUGCAGGAAGUGUAGAAUGGAUUGAUCAGAGCUUUUCACUGAAACAACUACCUCCUGCGCCUCAAAGCCACCGGGGUGAGAGAAUGUUGCAUAAAACCAAAACAUUGAGCUGAAGCAGGCUAAAGAGCAACGGCAGAGUCUGGCAACCAUAGACUCUCUUGACGUGACACAUAACCAUCAUUAUACAAACAAAGUUAAUACAAAGAUGCUGAUGAAAGCUACUUUAAAUGCAAACACACAAUAAAACAAAAGUAAAUAUGGCAUAUACAUAAUAUAAAUAUAUAUACCUAGUUCACAGCACCACAUGUAGUUUAGGGUAAAACCUGUUUUCCUUAAUGCUGGCAUGCCUUUCUAAGUCCAUACCUGUUAUAUCAGAGUAUGGCUGUAUGGUUAAAACCAAUUUCUUUCUUGUAGAUCUGUGUACACGUAAUGAUUUUGAGUAGAGCCAUACUACAUAUUCUGCAGUUCAUACUCAGGAACCGUGUGUGUGUGUGUGUGUGUGUGUGUGUGGGUCCGAGACAGCAGGUGUUUGUCCAGUCUGUACAUGUUUGUGUCCUGAGCAGCAGCACUUUGAUCAAGCGUCCAGCAGGUGAGUGUGGUGGUGUCCCUGUUCCUCAGCGGUUAGAUAUAAAGAGAUUAACCAACUGACUGUUUUUCAUCCGUGCCACAGGGAUAUAUAUCAUUGAGAGAAAAUAUGAGAUACCAGGGCAGGGAAUGUAAACACACAUCUCAACUUUAUUUUUGAUGACUGACAGAGAUACUCUACAGAGAAAGAAAGAGAUGUAGAGCCAGUGAGAGUUGAUCAUGUACAGUAAAGUGUAUCCUAGAGAGUGUACAGGUGUGCGUGAAUGUGUGUGUGUGUGUGUGUGUAUAUAGAUAAUCUAACCUUUAUGUAGCCUAUGUACUGUAUGUGCCACAGCGCCUCCUUCUUCAAUCAUUCCAUUCACUCACCAAUAUCAAGUGGUUCUGCUAUCGUUUCGGUCAGUUCAGGUAUUGAUCUAAUGUUCUUGGAUGUGCUGCAGUUCUUUGGAAACGUCGACGUACAUCUGGCCUCCUCAGAACAUCAUUUAAAAAAAAUCAUAAUAGCCAUUAACCUUUGAUAACUCCUGGAAGGUGUUUAUAGUAACCCCAGUAACCAGACUGUUCUCUUCUGUGUGUGUUUGACUGCUCAGGCGUAACACUGCCCACGACUGUUCUUCACCAAAAUGAUGUGGUCUUAUAUCCUUCACUGUUGCAUAGUAGAGGUACUGUUUCAUCAGUGGGUCUUUGUAGUCAUUUCCUCUUGUGAGCCUGGCCUGUGUUUGUACUAUUUUCCUUUUUUUUCCUCCAAUUACAGACCUGCAAUGACAUCAUGACACAGACACAUCUUUAAAAUCAAGGACCGAUGCUUAAAGGAAUAAUUUCACAUUUUUGCGAAAGACACUUUUUCGUAUUCUUGCUGAGAGUGAGGCGACUCGUCAGCAAGGAAGCAAAUAAGCACAUUUCCCCAAAAUGAUGCAAUGUACCUAAAAGGCCCCGCACACCCACAAGAGGUGUAUGCUCAUAAAUAUGCUUAAACUGGGCCACUAACAUUUGUAAGAGCCUUUCUAAAUACUAUUGCAUAUGGUGUAUAAGCACCGCCUUGUGGUGAUCUAUGGAAUUGCACUUUGUUAUAUGGGGUGGGGUUAAGUCUAAUUAUACACAAGUAAUGUACAGCAUGUCUGAGAGAAGCUGUACUCCAUCAGUACAGCAUCUCAGUGAUUUGUAAAUAGCCAAAGUCUUCCAUUAUAAUGUUGGUAAGACUUGCUGACAGUGGAGAGGAGACACACUGAUCCUGAUGUACAGACCUUUGAAGUGAAGUUUAAUUUAAAAGUACGUCAUUUAUUUGAAAGAAAUAAAGGAUAUAGCGUCACCUAAGAUACUUUUCUUUCGCACCAGCUCAAAAAACUGGAAAUUAUGGGAGUAAAAGACUUUAAAAAAGGGGGGGAUUUUGUAAAUCGGUCUGUUUGUUGAAUACAUCUCAGCCAAGAUGCAGUAUGUCCUACGUACAGUAUGUCGUAAGUAUCAAUAAUGUUCCCUUCUUUUGAUGGUGUUGAGGUUUGCGUGUCAGAAACUGUUUAAUCUUUACUUCAAAUGUUUGAUUUGACAUUUGAUCAAAUAUAUUCAAAGAAAUAAAAUCUAAAGAAUAACCGUGA